AUGUCGCACAUCGAUUACGCUCUAUACGAGUCCCCCGUGGGCUAUGCCCUCUUUAAGAUAGUGCAUCAGACCGAUGCUGUGGGUUUGAAGUUGAAGGAAACCCAGGCCGCGGCCAAUGAUCUGGCCAAGUUUGGCAAAAUGGUAAAAUUGGUCAACUUCAGUCCUUUCCGCCGUGGGAUUGUUUUAACUAAUACAUUUGCUCCCGCCAGUGGCCACGUCGAAGCUCUUGAAAACAUCAACCUCGUCUCCGAGGGUAUCUGCUCCGAGUACCUCAAGUCUGUCCUCGAGCUCAACCUUCCCAAGAGCGGCAAGAAGAGCAAGAUCACCCUCGGCGUCUCUGAGAAGAACCUUGCCGGUGCCAUCAAGGGCGAGUUCUCCGGCCUUGAUUGCGAGACGGCCGACACCUCUGAGGUCGUGUCCGACAUUAUUCGCGGCAUCCGCCAGCACGCCGACAAACUCCUGAGCGACCUCAAGACCGGCGAUAUCGAGAAAGCCGGUCUCGGUAUGGGUCACGCCUACUCCCGUGCCAAGGUCAAGUUCAGCGUCACCAAGAACGACAACCACAUCAUCCAGGCCAGUGCCACCCUCGACUUCCAGGACAAGGGCGUGAACCAGUUCUUCAUGCGCGUCCGUGAAUGGUACGGCUGGCACUUCCCGGAGCUGGUCAAGAUUGUCUCUGACAACUUGACGUAUGCCAAGCUCGUCAUUGCCAUUGGCGACAAGAAAACCCUGACCGACGACAAGCGCGACGACCUGGCCCAAUAUCUCGAGGAAGACGGUGAAAAGGCCCAGGCUAUUAUCGAUGCCGCCAAGGUCUCCAUGGGCUUUGAUGUCCUCCCCGCCGAUCUCGAGAUCAUCACUCAGCUUGCCAACGCCGUUGUCAAGCAGGCCAACAACCGCAAGACCACUGGCGGCUACCUGGAGACCAAGAUGCACCAGGUCGCUCCCAACCUGCAGGCUCUCAUUGGCACUCCUGUCGCUGCCCGCCUCAUCUCCCACGCCGGCUCGCUCACCAACCUGUCCAAAUACCCCGCAUCCACCCUACAGAUCCUCGGUGCCGAAAAGGCCCUUUUCCGUGCGCUCAAGGCCAAGAGCAACACCCCCAAGUACGGCUUGAUCUACCACAGCAGCUUCAUCGGCAAGGCCGGUGCGCGUAACAAGGGCCGUAUCUCCAGAUACCUCGCCAACAAGUGCAGUAUCGCCACCCGUAUCGACAGCUUCACUGAGAACCCCACCACCCGAUGGGGUGAAGCUCUCCGCCAGCAGGUCGAGGACCGCCUGGAGUUUUACUCCUCUGGCAAGCGUCCGGCCAAGAACGCCGAUGUGAUGAAAUCGGUCAUGGACGGCCUGGGCGACGCUGACGAGGACGCGGAGAUGGCUGAUGUUGGCGCCACUCCCAAGAAGAAGAAGAAGGACAAGAAGGAUAAGAAGGAGAAGAAGGAAAAGAAAGAAAAGAAGGAAAAGAAGCGCAAGCACGACGAAGAUGCUGCCCCCAAGGACGACGGCGAGAAGAAGAAGAAGAAGAAGAGAAAGUCGGAGGCUGCUGAUGACGAGGAGCUGGUGCGACGCCUUUUUCCUUGUACGGCGUUGGCUCUCCUUGUUCACUCUGAAGGACUCGAUACGCUUCACUAG